AUGAACGGCGUGACGCCGACCACCGAGGACGCGGUGCUCAGUUCGACCACAAUCUCCUCGACCGCCUCUUCGGACAAGCACCAUGGGAUUACGGUAACCAAAGGGCCGCCGGUUCAUCGACGCAACUCCUCGCAAUGGAUCCCGCCCAAUGCGCCAAUCUACGAAAGGGCAUUGGAUCUGACCUCAUUGGUGGCGUCGAAGAGGUUUUGGAAAAGCGGAGUCAAGGCUAGACCGUAGGUUUGGGGACACUCCAGAGAUUGCCAGGGAUUUUUCGAAAUUUUACCAGUGAAAAAGGCCUUUAGCAAGUUUAUUUCCUUUUCCCCAUUCUAGUCAGCGAUUUGAAUAUUAAGUGAGAUUUUUAUUGUUAUUGUUGGUAUUCAAACCGCAUGGCCACUUGAACUAUCCGAAAAUAUUUGAUCUUUUUAAAGCGCCGAGGUUUUAUUGUUGAUCUUUAAUUCUAUCAACAACCAUAGUCAAAUUCACUAAAAUUCCCUGUAAAGUGAUAAAUAUUAAUCAUUGAAAGGUUUUAACUCGUAUUUUACAAAUCUCAAAUUUAUUUUUCAGAGACCGAGUAAUUGAACCCAAUUGGUUGACCCCUCACAUUCCUCGAUAUCAUCUUCAAAAUUACCGACUCUACAGUAGUAACAAAAUCCGAACAUCCAAGUACACAUGGCUUACCUUUCUUCCCAAGAAUCUGUUCGAACAGUUUCAUCGAUGGGCCAACAUUUACUUCAUCAUCAUCAUGGGUAAGAUGCGAUAAAAAUGUUUCGGCCUCCUCCUCUAAUCAUGUAGUGCAGUAGAGAAUUAAUUUCUCGAGGUUUUUGGCUCAAAUGAAUCAAAUUUAUUAACAAUAAAAAAGACUUAUCAUUAAUUUCAGCGAUGAACUGGAUCCCACAACUCCAAGCCUUCAGCAAAUACCUGGGAAUGAUCCCCGUUGUAGCGGUCCUUUCGAUGACCGCAAUCAAAGAUUUCCUGGAGGAUUGGAGAAGGAAAAGGGCCGAUAAAAGGCUGAAUCACAAUACUGUUCACGUCUGGGAUAAGUAAGAAUUUUUCUCUUCAAAAUUUACAGACUUCUCGAAGUUGUCGUUUCAUCUCAUAAUUUCAAUUUUCAGUAUCAAAAAACGAUUCCGCAAGACCUUAUGGGAACUGGUCAUUGUCGGCGAUCUUGUCCACAUCUCGAGCGAUGAGAAAAUCCCCGCUGACAUUGUUCUGAUCCGCUCGUCCGAUCCCCAAGGCUGUGCUUUCGUGGAGACCUCGAAUCUGGAUGGCGAAAACAACUUGAAGCAAAAAGUUGUUCCAAAUCGAUUCAAAAACUUGUGUUUGAAAGGUCAUUUUGAUCCCUCAAGUAUGUACGUCAAAAUUACUGUCAAUCCUCCGGACAAUCGGAUGAAUCAUAUCAAUGGGAAGAUUGAGUACGAGAACGGGGAAAACGAGAAGAUCACGAAGGAAAAUGUGAUUCUGCGGGGCUGUCAGUUGAAGAAUACGAGUUUUGCCGAAGGCAUCGUGAUCUAUACUGGUAAGAGCUGGCCUUAAAAUUGAUUUUUGGUUACUGCACUGGCUUUAUGAUAGUAUAAUUUUCCAAUAUUUUGUUUGUUUCAGGAGCCGAGACCAAGUUGAUGCUCUCGAACGGCCCAGUGCGCUACAAACGAAGUUCGAUUGAACGAAUGACCAAUUAUUUUAUCCUAUUCUGUGUCCUUCUCCUUAUAAUCAUGCUGAUUUCCUCCGGAAUCUGCUCAAUUUUCUGGCUGACUGCUACAAACGCCCAUGAAAGGCACAUCCCUUACGUUGUUCUCUUCACAUCCAGUGCUGUUAAUGACGGGUUAAUCAACAUGGCUGCUUAUAUUUUGGUCUAUCAAGUAAGUGGCAGUUGGAAGACAUGUUUUCAAAAUUUUGAGAGCUUUGUUAAAAAUCAAGUGCCUCAGGGUAAAUAAGAAGUUUAAAAAUUAUUUUCAGACACUCAUACCUCUCUCGCUUUACAUAUCCAUUGAAAUCAUCAAACUUGGCCAAAAUUAUUUGAUGACCCAAGAUUUGGAUCUGUACGAUCAAGAAAGGGAUAAGAAAUUGCUUUGCCGAUCGCUGAACAUCCCUGAAGAACUUGGUCAAGUCAAAUACAUAUUGUCCGACAAGACUGGUACUUUGACGGAAAACAAAAUGGUCUUUAAGUGAGUUUGCCAAAUUCUUUAUUAGAUAUCACAUCCAAGCUUUGGCAAGUGUCUGUAUUAACAGUUGAGGGACGCUGACUUUUUGAUAAAGCUUGGAAAAAAUUAUUUUCCAAAAAUAUCGCAGAGCGAUUUUUUCAGGAGCUGCACAAUUUCCGGUGAAAUCUUUGAAGCCGAAAAUGCCCGUCGUCGAACUCGGACCUUCUCCAAUAUGAACGAAGAGAAGAUUGAAAUCUCCCCCAAACUCCAAAAAGACCUUCAAACGUCCAACACUCGUGAUGAAAAAUUCUUCAUGCUGAUGAACAUGGCUGUCUGCAAUACGGUCAUGGUCAGGAGACGUCAACAGUUGGAUGAUGUUGAGCUGGGAUAUUUCGAGAACAAUAUUUACAAUGUUGGGAACAGCGCCUUCUAUGUGCCGAUUGAAACGAUCCCGGCUGGACUCCCUGCGGCACCGUAAGAAAGAUUUUGGAAAAAAAAUAUUUUUGAGUUGUAAAAUAAUAAUAGGACAGAAUAAAAAUCUUUUUUUCAGUGAGGCCCCACUUGCCAACCCCAUUCUUCGACAAUUUACCUUCAGUCCAACCGAUUUGUUGAAACGAUUUGGUAGUCUGACUUCAUUGUCCAAGUAAGUCAUCAUCAUAAAGUCAAAUGGUCACCCUCAAACUUGAGUUGUUUUGUUUCCAAAUUUUGAGAAAUUUCUUCAGAACUUGAUUUCUAGUUAGCGUUUCCAGAAAAUCCCAUGAUUUUUAAGCCAAAAAAUUGGCUGUACUUGGGAAGUGAGAGCUAAGAUCCUCGGAAAUUAAAUUAGAAGGAUAGAUAAUUACACAAAGUUUCAUAGAAUUAUGAAUUUCACUGUCAACUUCUUCCCCUUCGAAAAUAAACUUUAAUUUUUUUCAGAAUUUUCACUAAGCGCGAGACCAUCCUCCGCCGAUUGACACAAAAGGCCGAUGAGCGGAAUUACGACGCUGAAAGUCCUGACGAACUUGCUUUGGUCAAGGCCGCCGAUGAAUAUGGCUUCACUUUGGUCAACAGAAGUGCCACCGACAUUCGAUUGGCUUUGCCGAGAAUGGCGCCCAACGGCGACUUCUUUCAAGAAGAAGUCGAUGUGAAAGUCCUGAAAGUCCUCGGAUUCGACAGUAACCGAAAGAGAAUGUCGAUUGUGGUGAGGUCCGAAAACAAAUUGCUCUUGUUGACCAAAGGAGCGGAUGAGCAGAUCUUCCCGAAUCUGGAGUCUUCAGAGUCCCCCGAACUAAUCGAGGAAACGAGGAAGAUUCUUAACGAUUACGGUAGAAUUGGUCUUCGAACUUUGGUGAUGGCGAUGAAAGAGCUGGACGAAGAAGAGUUCGAGGAUUGGCUGGCGACUCGAGAGUUCGUUGAGUCAAUCGAUGAUGAUGAAGCGGAACAACUUCUGUCCGAAUCUUCGUCACAAUUGGAGGUUGGACUCCAUCUUCUGGGAGUCACAGCAAUCGAGGAUCGCCUUCAAAUGGGAGUCACUGACACAAUAUCUGCCCUGCGAAAUGCUGGGAUUCAAAUCUGGGUGCUGACCGGAGACAAAUGCGAAACAGCGGUGAACAUUGCAAAAAGUUGUCAUUUGUUCAACAAAAAAUUCAAAAUCCAUGUGUUCCGAGAGCUUCAAGACUUGAAGGAUUUUACGGAUACGGAGCGGAAGAUCAAUGCCGUCUUUUCCAGUGAGAUUGUCAAGCUGAUCAAGGAGGGAAACGACGAGGCGUUCAGGGUGAUUGAACGCUGCGAAGCCAUCGUUUGCUUCCGAAUGACUCCGGCCGAAAAAGCGGACGUUGUAAAUGCCGUCAAGAUCAAACUGAAGGGCAAAACUUUGGCCAUUGGAGAUGGUGCCAAUGAUGUCCCGAUGAUUCUCGGAGCUGAUGUUGGUAUCGGCGUCUCCGGCCACGAAGGUCUGCAAGCCGUGAUGGCCUCGGAUUUUGCGAUCUCUCGCUUUCGAUUCCUACGAAAACUCCUGCUCGUCCAUGGCCAUUGGAAUUACUAUCGCUUGUCGAAUGCGAUCAUGUACUUCCUGGAGAAGAAUGCGGUCUUCGUGCUGGUCAUCUUUUGGGGACAAAUGUUCAUGGGCUUCAGUUCGGGCUUCUUCAUUGACCCCAUUUAUUCGAUGCUCUAUCCCAUUUUGUUCACAAGGCAAGUAUCUCUAAUUAAUGUCACAAUUUGGGCCAGAUUAUAAUCAAAAUUUAUAUAAUUUUAGUGUUCAGCCGAUAGUCUACAGUAUUUUCGACCAGGAUUUGUCAAAAGAGACCCUUCUGAAGUACCCGAAACUUUAUGAAACCGGUCGAGAAGCAAGGUUGUGCACUUAUCGAAACUUUGGACUCAGCAUGCUGGAUGCGUUUUAUCAGUCGGCAAUUUUAUUUUUCAUCCCUUUCUUGGUAAGUAUACUAUCAGAUUUUUUGAAUAAUUACAUAACAGAGAACGUCAAUCGAAAAUAGAAGAAAAAAUUUCCCGCCCCUUUUUGGUGAUUCGUUCAAAACGAAAUGUCACUAUCCGAUAAAACGCAUUUUCUUAUCUUUCUUCUUCCUUCUCGAGAAAAAGCAAUUAUUUCGGACGAGAAAAGGUGCCGAUAAUUUCGUCUCUCUUCUAAAUCAAUGAAAACGAUACGAAGUUUCGAAACGGUUCAGGAAAUGCGCUGGAUUGACGUGCAUAAUCUAGACCAUCAAAUUUCACUCUAUAAUCCUAAAUUUUUUCAGUGCUUCAGCGGCUCCGAGAUUCGUUACUGGCAGUUUGCCUUUGUCCUUUCCACGUCCAUGUUCCUAGUCAACAGUAUUCAUCUGGCCAUUCUCAUUCGCCGAUGGACCUUCCCUUUGCUGAUUGUUCAACUCCUAUUCGUCGGAGUUCAUUUCUCUUUCUUCAUUAUGUACACUUAUUUUGUAAAUUCGACCUUCAAUACAAAGGAUCCUCCGUUAUUAGUGGCCUACUCGAUGCUCAAGGAAUUCCAAUUUUGGUCGUGCGUUCUGCUGACUGUGAUCAUUGCGGUUAUACCGAGGUAAGUUGGUUUAAAAAAGUGGUAAUAAAGAUAUAGGAAAAAAAAAUAAAAAUUGCAAAAUCUCUGCGAAUUCCGCAUAAAAAAAUAUUAUUUUUUUCUUGUUGAAUUCACUAAUUCUAAUCGAAAUUUAGCCUGAAUAUCACCAAAAUCACAUCCAAAUCCCUUCUCUAAUACUCAAUUUUUUCAUUUUCAGGUUCAUAAUAACCGUUGUGCAGACCCAAUUCUGGCCGGAUUUGCACGAAAUCACCCUGCGGCAAGAGCGCCAUCUCCCCAUUCCCAUUCAUCUUGAGGCUUCGAAUGUGCACUCCAAAGCCGAACAUUUCUGA